AUGAUAUUUCCCCGUCUUUUGAUCGUGGUUUUGGCCUUAAUGGCAAUGGUUUACUCGGCGAAGGCCGGUGGAGGUGGAGGAGGUGGCUUUGGUAAUGCCGGAGGCUUUAGUGGCGGUGGAGGAGGGUUUGCUGGACACGGUGGAUCUGGUGGAUUUAGCGGAGGUGCUGGAGGAGUAGGUGGAGGAGCCCGAGGAUUUAGCGGAGGAAGCGGUGGGCAUGGCGGACGAGGUGGAGGCAGCGUCGUUCGCGCGCGCUUGGUCGGCGUUGGCGUUCUUCCUAGCGUUGGUGGCGGUUCAGGCUUCGGCGGUGGCAGCGUCGGCGGCGGCGGCGGUUUCGGCCAAGGCGGAGGACGAGGAAGCUACGGAUGGUAA